ACGUACCGUUACGUAUUCAUUAGCGCUUCCAACAUGACUCAAAAUGGAUGUGCACUUCUCCACUAAACGGCUAUUCAGGGACUGAACGAAAACAACAAAAUCACACUAAGUCUUUGUGAGACAUCUGUUAAGGUUUCAGCCAUUUUGGACCAUAGAGAAUAAUUCCACUAUGUCAAGCUUCAGGCCUUGGUUGUGAUUGUGGCGCACACCACACGCACCUGCAUGGGGAGGAUGGAGAGCGAUUGCAGGAUCCCCAUGUCGUGUUUGAGGCCCAGAAUCCUGGCCUUGCAUGCACUCUUCUGGGUUUUGGUGUCUCUCAGAGUGUUUGGUGCAACUCUGCUGAGUGAGGAGAAGACCACAGUGGCCAGGCCGGUAACCACCCCCUGUUGGCAAAUGGAGGAGUUUGUGGUUGCAGUGGAAUGUUCCCGGUGCAACACUUUCCAGUCGAAGUCGUGGGCAGCAUGUAUUCAGACGGGAUACGUGGAGAGGAUCAACUGCACCAAGUCUAAUAAAGACGAGUACAAGAGCUGCCGCUCUACCCUGAUGGAGGAACACCUUUUCUGGAAGUUUGAAGGAGCCAUGUUGGGCCUCACCAUACUGUUCGCACUCAUAGUGGCUGCUAGGCAACGUUCGCUGGACCGGCUUGCCUCCGAGAAAGUCCGCAGGCAGAUCGAGUCCAUCUAGCACAGUACAACAGAGUGAAGAGACUAGUGGAACUCACCAUGGUGGCUCAUCUCAACAUUUCAAACAGCCGCUUCAUUUCAACAUCAUGGGGGUCUGGAGAACGUAAUGUCCAAUGGGCCAGACUUACUGGAAAAUGGUUUCCCUUUUUCGGUGGUAGGGGG